CCUCCUCGCGUCAUAACCCCCGGGGUUAAACAGUCUGAGUUCUUCGAGCCCGGGUCAGUAUCGGAGGAGACCGCAUCUCUCACCUGAUAGUCGGCUCAGAAAACCAUGGCUUCUGCUCGGCUCUUCAUCUUUCUCUUCACUGGUGUUUGCCUGCUGGCGACAGGGACUCGGGCACAGGAAAAUAUCAUGUGUGGCCUGAGGCCCCUGGUGGAGGCCCCGCAGAGCUCCCGCGUGGUGGGGGGGAAGGACGCGGCGCCGGGGGCGUGGCCGUGGCAGGUCAGCGUCCAGCUCGCCGAGCCCAGCGGCUUCUCUCACUUCUGCGGGGGAUCGAUCAUUGACAGGCAGUGGGUCGUCACGUCAGCCCACUGCUUCGGCCCCAAGACCGAUCCAUCGAAGCUGAGGGUCAUAGCUGGGCUGCAGGUGUGGAAAACCAGCGACGAAAACACACAGAACCGCACUGUGACCCACAUCUUCCGCCACAGCCUGUUCAACACCAAAAACGGCGACAACGACGUGGCCCUGCUCAAGCUGUGCUCCCCUGUCAACUUCACCGACUACGUGCAGCCGGUGUGCCUGCUGAGGGGCGCGAGCGAGGAGGCGGGCCUGACGCCGUGCUUCAUCAGCGGCUGGGGGACCACGUCAUGGGGAGGGGAGAGAGCGGACACUCUGCAGGAGGCCGAGGUCAACCUCAUCCCCAGAGAGACCUGCAACCAGCCGGACUGGUACAAUCAGAGCCUGACCGAGAACAUGCAGUGCGCUGGGCACGAGACCGGGGGCAUCGACGCCUGCCAGGCGGACAGCGGGGGCCCCCUGCAGUGCUUCAACAGCACCCUGCAGCGCUUCUACCUCUUCGGGAUCACCAGCUUCGGCCAGGGCUGCGCGGUGGAGAAGAAGCCCGGGGUGUACACCCGCGCCAGCCUCUACUACCGCUGGAUCCGGGAGGUGGAGGCCAGGGGCGCCUCCGCCCGCGGCCGGCUCUCCCUGCCCCUCCUGGCUGUUCCCCUGCUGCUGAGCGCAGCCCUGCCCCUGCUGGGAGCCUGAGCUCCCUGCUCCGUCCUGCCAGACCGGCGCGGCAAUUAAACCUGUUUGCAUUCAC